AUGGACGCUGGACUUCAAGCGGACAGUCCAGCGUAUAAGGUACCAGGGGUUCCUGGGAAUGCGUACCACAGUUCUCCGCUUGGGUUUAACGCGCACGCUUUCAAACCUAUGGUACGCUGUUUUGGAAAUGUCAUGACUUUAACAGCUCAUGGCAGAGCAUACACGCACAUCCUUGUGGACCGAGAAUGGAAGUUACGUUCUUUCGCUGCUGUGGUGGGGCAGACCUAUGAAGAUGGCCUGCCCUGCGACACGCGUCUCGCAACCUUCUGUCUUCUGCUCUCACCAUGGGAUGUGAAUGGGGAGGUGUUGCCAGUCCUGUCAGAGACAUGUGCCUAUCAUGUAAAUUCUGCGGAUGUUGUCAUACUUUAUACUGCUUACAGCUCAAAAUGUGUCACUUCAAAGGAUGGGGAGUACCGGCUUGCCAUCAUCGUGGAUGGAAAGCAGUUCACCCUCUCUUGUCCUUUUCCUCGCCAUCUUUCUCCAUUUCACCCCCAACAACCGCUGAAGCCCAAUCUGAAGCGAAAACCUUUGGUUCCACAUGUACCUGGUUCUAUACGAGUUAUUGGAAAAAUACGCCAGCCUAAAACACCAUCUAAACCUCCUGCGGUUCCUUAUGAACCUCCCUUGGUAACACAGUUUUACCCUGACCCUCUAAACUGUCCACCGUAUCCAGAGGGGUUCUGUUCUCAGGACCCCCACCACGACUACCAAUAUAAUCAGACAUUGAGCGCUGAUUCAGAAUCAACAGUCCAGCCGAUGCCAGAGAUGGACAUCACAAACCAACCUACAUACAUGCCUCCGACUACUCCUGUCAUGCAAACUGAACUGUUGCCCCAAACUCCCAUCUCUCCUCCGGUACCCACUGAACAGACUGCCAAGUUGAUGUCUCCAUCACUUAUUUGCACAAGGAACAGAAUAACGGCAACUCUGCCCUCCGCAAAAAUGGCCUCCAUUAAAGUCAGAGAAACAAAGACCGACAGCUGGGUGUCAAUUGCCUCUGUUCCGGCGUCCUGUGAUUACACACUUCGCUCAAGGGGUGGUGCUGUUGUGCUCUCAUCUCCAUUGCCGGCCUGUCACACAGAAAAAUUGUCGUCCACCGUCACCGCUUUCUUCAUACGCUUCUGGGAUUCCUCUCAGAUGCGAACCCGAACCAUACAGCUUCAGUGUCGGCACAAGCUUCCUCCUGACGCGCUCGAACCUUUCCAUCAGAUCAUACCUCACACUUCAAGCGCACCUGCUCGACAACCCCCUGAUGUUCAGGUGUUGUGUUCCAGCCAACAUAUGAGCGUAAAAGUGCCACCUGGACCGAUGUUAAGACUCGUGGUUGAAGCCCCCUCCAGUGACGUAAAAACGCAAACUAAAGCCGUGCCCCUUUUGGAGGCACCGAGUCAUUGUGGCUACUCUCUGAAAAGAGCCAAAGACGGUGCCUUUAACAUCCUUCUGCCUUUUUCUUCCUGUCACAUGAUUCAGCAGGAUGGGCAAUACAAAAUUAUAUUGAAAUAUCAGACGGCGGAUGGACGGUCUGUCGAGACGUUGCUGUCAUGUCAAGCUUCUGACAGUCAGGAGUGCAAUGUGGACACUGACCAGCAGCUGGUUUGUGGAUCUGGGGCUUUAUCGUCAACCGAAUGUCAUGACAAAGGUUGCUGUUAUUCUUUAGACUCCCAGCUGUGCUAUUACCCUAUGGACGAAUGCACGGCAGAUCAUCAUUUUGUUUUCUCGGUUAACUCCUCCAUGGCGAAUCCGCCCCUUUCCCCGUUCACCCUCGUCACUGCUGGUAACAGCUCUUGCUCACCCUACAAAGUUACCGCUGACUUUGCCUUGUUCAAGAUACCGCUGGAUGAAUGUGGCGUCCACCGAUAUGAGGUGGGUAAAACUGUCAUCUACAUGGUUGAGAUCCUGAAUCGAGUGCAGUCUGUCACUUUAAAUUACGGCACAAUCACUAGAGACUCGCCUGUAAGGUUGUUGGUUGAGUGUCGCUAUUAUCCCGGCUCUGUGGUAAGCGUGGGAUACCUGGUGAAAAGUCCUUCCCUCGGACCUGCUAUCAAAGCUCAGGGGGUGUUUGGUGUUCAGCUCAGAAUCUCAAAAGAUGAAUACUACGCUGACUUUUACCCACAAUACCACCAGCCCCUGCAUAUGCUGUUGGGGAAACCCCUUUAUCUGGAAGUACGCUUGAUAAACCCCCCAGACCCCAGUGCUCUGCUGCUGGUGCAUUACUGUGUUGCUUACCCACGCUCUGCAAGAUCUGCCUGGAUCCUUAUUUAUGAUGGGUGCCCAAACUCUCUCGACCUAACUCCUACCCACACGCCACCGGCCACACCUGCGGAAGCUCUGACCAAUCACGUUCGGCGAUUCACAGUCACUACGUUCAAGUUCCUGCCAGAUGACGACAGCUUGCAAACGGAUGAGGAGAUCUAUUUUAUGUGUUCAACUGAGGUUUGUCUGCCAUCAGAUGGCCCAUGCAUUGAAGGCUGCUUUGAAGAUCCUGCAAAUGUGAAGUCGAGAGAAGACUGAGCUCGGAUGAAUGCUUUCUUUUUUGACAAAUGUGCACAGUAACACUUUGGCAACCGCAAACAAUAAAACUUUGAAACGCUGUCAUGUUUCAGUAAUGACUCAUCACACGUCAAUGGAGACCGGCUUUA